GGGCUGGGUCCUGGCCCCUCUUUGCUCUGUUCCCACUGUCCCACCCCGUAGCCACCGGCCACGUGAGUCCUGGAAGUGUGCCAGUCCUAACUGAGGAACACUGCGAGUGUAAAACACACCAGACCUCGGAGGCUGAGGCCAGAAAUGCCAGCUGGGUGUCACUGGUGUUGCACAGUUGGCCCCGGUGGUUAGGUGAGCGCCCUGAGCCAGCAGCAGGGGCAGCUCCAGCGCUCUGGCCUCCUGCUCCCAUCCCAGGGCUGACUCCUGUGGUGGGGGUGGGGGUGGGGGUGCGUGCAUCCCAGCUGAGCGCCCAGGGUCCGUGGCCUCCUUGUGGCUGGGCCCGCCGCUCAGGCCAUUUCACCGUAGGCAGGGGAAGCGGUCACAGAGCUCCGUGGCCGGGCGGGUGGCCGUGCCGAUGGCCACGCUGACUGCUCCCCGUCCGUCCCCUCUGCUCCUUAGGAUGUGGGCUUAGAAGACCCCUCGAGCCUGCCCUGGGAACUGCACAGGUGGCCAAGUGUGGCUGGGCCGUCACCAUGGUGAUGGGGAUGGAGGCCUGUUGCCAUCGGCCCCAGUUUUCUGCAUGGCAGGUCUAAUGACAGGACUGUCAGCCCAGCGGAGGCCGAGGGCGCGAGCUGCUCCUGGUUGCCAUGGCAGUGCGGGCCCUCUUGGGGAGCACAGAAGGCCCCGUGGGGGGACUCCCCACUCCACACCUGGUGGAGCAGGAAGUACGGGCCGAAAGCAGGUUGGGGUGUGAGGGGGACACGGUCACCUAGAGCCUAAUUGCUGGAGGGCUGUCCUCCGGCCACACGAGGGGAGCGCCCCGCUGCCAAGCGUGUCUGGAGGGCACCUCAGCUCAGCACAGCCUGCAGAGGAAGCUGCCCGGCGCUGGCAUCACCUCCCGCAAUGGCCUGGCGGGCCUCUACAGGGAAGGCUCCGGGCUGCAGCCCCGAGGGGAAGGCUGUACAGCAAUGAGAAGGAGGAAACUCUGUGCCUGAUCCUUGAGCCAGAACCCGCUGAAAGGUGGCCCGCAUCCUCCCUUCGGAUUCUUCCCCGGCAGGCAGAGGCCUGGGGGUAUUUCUGCUCCGGAAGGUGUUGGGGGGCACCGGGGGGUCCCAGCUCCCACGGGCUGGCCCCUGCACACAUGCUGGACGACAGAGCCAGGAUGGAGGCCACCAAGAAGGAAAAGGCAGAGCAGAUCCUGGCCGACUUCCAGCUGCAGGAGGCCGACUUGAAGAAGGUGAUGUGGCGGAUGCAGAAGGAGAUGGCGCGAGGCCUGCGGCUGGAGACCCACGAGGAGGCCAGCGUGAAGAUGCUGCCCACCUAUGUGCGCUCCACCCCGGAAGGCUCUGAAGUUGGGGACUUCCUCUCCCUGGACCUGGGUGGCACCAACUUCAGGGUGAUGCUGGUGAAGGUGGGGGAGGGCGAAGAGGGGCAGUGGAGCGUGAAGACCAAGCACCAGAUGUAUUCCAUCCCCGAGGACGCCAUGACGGGUACUGCUGAGAUGCUCUUUGACUACAUCUCUGAGUGCAUCUCCGACUUCCUGGACAAGCACCAGAUGAAGCACAAGAAGCUGCCCUUGGGCUUCACCUUCUCCUUCCCCGUGAGGCACGAGGACAUCGACAAGGGCAUCCUCCUCAAUUGGACCAAGGGCUUCAAGGCCUCAGGAGCAGAAGGGAACAACAUCGUGGGGCUCCUACGUGAUGCCAUCAAACGGAGAGGGGACUUUGAAAUGGACGUGGUGGCGAUGGUGAAUGACACUGUGGCCACGAUGAUCUCCUGCUACUAUGAAGACCGCCGGUGUGAGGUUGGCAUGAUUGUGGGAACAGGAUGCAAUGCCUGCUACAUGGAGGAGAUGCACAACGUGGAGCUGGUGGAAGGGGACGAGGGCCGCAUGUGCGUCAACACCGAGUGGGGCGCCUUCGGGGACUCCGGAGAGCUGGACGAGUUCCUGCUGGAGUACGAUCGCGUGGUGGACGAGAACUCCCUGAACCCCGGGCAGCAGCUAUACGAGAAGCUCAUCGGCGGCAAGUACAUGGGCGAGCUGGUGCGGCUCGUGCUGCUGAAGCUCGUGGACGAGAACCUGCUCUUCCGCGGGGAGGCCUCGGAGCAGCUGCGCACGCGCGGCGCCUUCGAGACGCGCUUCGUGUCGCAGGUGGAGAGCGACUCGGGCGACCGCAAGCAGAUCUACAACAUCCUGAGCACUCUGGGGCUGAGGCCCUCAGCCACCGACUGCGACAUCGUGCGCCGCACCUGCGAAAGCGUAUCCACACGCGCUGCGCACAUGUGCGCCGCGGGGCUGGCGGGCGUCAUCAACCGCAUGCGCGAGAGCCGCAGCGAGGACGUGAUGCGCAUCACCGUGGGCGUGGACGGCUCUGUGUACAAACUGCACCCCAGCUUCAAGGAGAGGUUCCACGCCAUCGUGCGCAGGCUGACGCCCAGCUGCGAGAUCACCUUCAUCGAGUCGGAGGAAGGCAGCGGCCGAGGAGCCGCCCUGGUGUCCGCGGUGGCCUGUAAGAAGGCCUGCAUGCUGGGCCAGUGACGACAGAGGCCACGAGGCAAGGAGGAGGCAGGGCUCGCUGGACCUGGGCUCCCGGGGACUCGCUCCCCACAGGAGCCCCCAGCCUGGCCCAGUGAGGAGGUCUCUUCGUUGUAAGGACCUGGACGCCUCGCCUUCCAUCCCCGUGGUGACCCUGGAAGAUGCGGAAAGGCCCGCGGGGAGGAGGGGACGGGGAAUUGCAGCGCCCAGGGCAGGCCUCUUGCCUCAGAGGCAGUUGGUGGGACAGCCCAAACCCCUGACUGGGUUGGGAGCUGAGAUGAGCAGGAAUAAAGACCACCCCCCCCAAACCCCCCACCUAUCCUGCUGGAAUCAAGGACCCACACAGAGGGGAGCUGCUCACUCAGGACUUUGCUGCAUUUCUGUACUGCCUGCCUCUUGGCGUCUUUGGCCAUGUCAGCCUCCCGUGGGCCCUGCUCUGGACCCUGCGGUGGCAUGGGGACUCAGCCCACUGGGAAUGCAGCCCUGCUGACCUGGAUGGACCUAGACCCGGGUUCCACAGGGGUCCCAGGCUGCCAGCCACCCGGGCCUGGCUGUUUUCCUGCCUGGUGGGGGUUGGGAAGUGGGAGAGGAUGGGCUCCAGGACCGGUUCCACAGUGGAGGCAGCUUGUCCCUGAGGCCUGUAGAUGGUGGCUUUUGUGCUGUCCUACUGCCAUCCACCAGUGGUUUGUGGUUUUGGGAUGCACCCUCACAUGGGGUGCAAGACACAGAGCCCCUACAGCCCCUGCCCAGAGGGACCCAAGAGGAAGAGGAGCCCCCCACACUCCCACCCACCGGCAGGCCUGGGAGCACCUCUGUGAUGGAGUCUUCAGCUCCCAUGGGGCUGGCCUGGAGAGAAACCUCGGGGAGCACUCAGCACCCAGGGACCCCAGGCCUCCCUCUUCCCACCAGACCUCCAUGUGCCACACCAACCUCUCAUGCCCAACCUGGGACUGUGUGGUUUUUUAAAUAAAAGUUGUAAAAAUUUAGAACAUGGCCUUGACCAGUGUUCUCUGAUGUCUGUGUAUACUGGCUGUGGGACAGUAGGGAGACCUGAUCACAUGCACACAGACACUUGCAAGCCUAGGUAUGUCUUGGAAUUCACACCCCCCCCCCCACCGGCCUUGAUGGGGAGUGUGCAGUGACACACAGACCUAAGGGUUAGAAAUGAGGUGGCAUUGGCGGGUGGUGGGUGUAGGUGCUGCAUUGCCCCGGCUGGCUGCCUGUGGGGACGUGGGUGUGGACCCACUGUAUCUGCUCACUCAGCAGCUCUGCGGUGUCUGAGAGCCCCAGGGAGGGGCUGUGAGGAGUUAGGGGCCAGGGCACUGCUCUGGGAAGUGGGCCGGGCUGCUC